AAUGUGAUCGUGACGUGUAUUACCCAUGGAUGUAUAAAGAGAACCGAGGAGUUCCUCGAAUUGUAUAGCUAGGUGGUUAAUAUGAAGUUAGUCAGGGUUAUUGCCGUUGAUAUUAAGUGAUUAACGGAAGACAAAUUAAAGCUCUAACUUGUCUCUAGUCAGUAUUUUGGAAGCCAUAAUGCCUCUCUUGGUCGGCGGAGGACACCGACGGGCUGAUAGAAAUGUGAUGCCCGUCUUGUUUCUGCUCUCCGCCGCCGUGUUGUUGUUGUCGGUCGGAGUGGCUGCCGUUCCAGAGGAGCACAAACCAGUCCAAGAGCAACCCCCACAAGAGAAAGCCUCAAGUCCCCAUCCAAUAGGCCCAGUAGUUUCUGAAGAUGCCUCCGGCAAAGGAAACCUGGGUUUCAUCCAUGCCUUUGUGGCCUCCAUCUCUGUCAUCAUCGUCUCUGAGUUGGGAGACAAGACAUUUUUCAUUGCAGCCAUCAUGGCCAUGCGUUACAACCGUCUCACCGUGUUGACUGGUGCCAUGCUGGCCCUGGGACUGAUGACUUGUCUCUCUGUGCUGUUUGGUUAUGCCACCACCAUCAUCCCUAGAAUCUACACUUACUAUGUGUCCACCGCUCUGUUUGCCAUCUUUGGUAUACGUAUGCUGCGAGAGGGGCUGAGAAUGAGUCCAGAUGAAGGCCAGGAGGAGCUGGAGGAGGUGCAGGCAGAGAUCAAGAAGAAGGAUGAAGAGCUCCAGCGGUCCAAGAUGGUCAAUGGGACUACAGAUGUGGAGGCUGGAUCAGGGACUGCCAUGCCUCAGGGAAAGUGGCACAGCAUAAUCUCCCCCAUCUUCAUCCAGGCUCUCACCCUCACCUUCCUGGCAGAGUGGGGGGACCGCUCGCAGCUGACCACCAUUAUUCUAGCCGCCCGGGAGGAUCCAUUUGGAGUUGCAGUGGGUGGUACACUUGGACACUGUAUGUGUACAGGACUGGCUGUGGUAGGAGGGAGAAUGAUCGCCCAGAAAAUAUCUGUCAGAACAGUUACAAUCAUCGGAGGAAUUGUUUUUCUGGCGUUCGCCUUCUCUGCCCUGUUCAUCAAGCCAGACGCUGGAUUUUAAUUGGAAGAAAGACUUUCAGGUUUUUUCUCUGUACAUACUUGUAAAAUGUGGUUACGUUGCUUUAGAGAAACUGUAGUUUUAACUCUGUAUGUGUCCAGCACACAGUGUGACAGGCGAAACGGAAAGCCAGAGUCCCGUCCUCAUCUCCUCGCUAGCCCGUUGCACCACAGUCUGUAGCUCAGUGGGUUUUUCUUGUGGGGGUUGAACACUUCAACAUGAUUUUUCUACCAUUAAAUAACAUUUCCCAAAAGUCUAAGAGUAGUGCACAUCAAAGCCUUGUAGUAAAUGUUUUAUCUUCAUCAAGUACAGCAGUUAGAUACACAUUAAACUUAGAACAGAAAGCCCAGGAAACCUUUCAGAAAGUCUGACUUCUAUAGGAAGUAAACCUUGAGUUAGAGAGGCUAGCUUGGAGCGGGGGCAGGACUGUAGCUCUCUAUAAGAGCUGUAUUCUCAUCACAAGGUGUGUGAGCGAAAUAAGACUUGAUUGUUACUGAGCCGAGCCUUCUCUAAAAGGUUCUGAGGCUCAGAAGCCGAGCCUGACAUGCAGUACUCCCCUCAACACUCAGCUGUCAGUUAAACACUAAGUCCAUUAAAAUAUAUAUUUUGCCUUUUUUUGUUUUUAAAUGUUUAAUUGUUUUUUUGUUUUCUUUGACACAAGCCCAGGUGCUGUCAUGUGACGGUUAACAGAUUAGUGACAGUGGACCAAGCUGCCAGUUUGCUCCAGCGGGGGUUGUGCCAUCUUCCUCUCUGGGUGACAUUUUGUGCCACAAUGCAUAAAAAGAGGGCCUACUUUAUGUAAUAUUGUAAUUUCCCAGUGUGAGGUAAACACUGAAAGAAAAAAUAACCAACAGUACAUCAUUUAGAAACUGUUUUUGAGAUCUGAUUUAAGUUUUAGAUUUGAUUUGAGGGAGAGGCAUCAUUGAAAUAUUUCCCUCAGUUAUUAUUCUGUUUUACAUAGGAGCAGUCUUUUAAGGAGACAUGAACCACUAGAAUACCUCUGCAUCCAGGUGUAGCCAUACCCAUGUUGGACUAGAGCUACAUCACAGCUGAAAAUAGCUUAUGUGCACCUCUUCAAAAAUACAAAUCACUUAUUGGAAAUAUUGAUCAGGGGACUUCAUAUUUCCUGCUUCUAGUUUUGGGUGCUGAUGGUAAACAAAACGGGGAUCGGGUUAAAGAAAGGCCAGUACUCCGCUCAGAUUCUCCCACAGAUUAACUCUUCCUCAGUGUUUUUAAAGCCAUUAUGUACAAACUUUGCUGCCUCUAUUGUUGCCGCCCCAAAUCAAAAAAAUCAAUCAGGUACAGAAUAAAUAACGGUUACCACCAUGUGAUUUAUCCUACUAACAAGUAUAAGUCACUCCUUUUGCCAUAAGCAGCUGUGUUGUAGCUACAGCGACACCAGAACACGGCACUGUUAUUCAAGCCUAUGGUUCACCUUUUAUUUAAAGUGGUAUCUAUUUAUUUAGCUUAAUUUUCUUUCCUUUUUAAAGCACAUGUACUGUAAGAACAGAAAGAGUGGGAGAGGUAACCAUAAACAAGGAAUAGAAAUAUUUUUUUUUUAAGUGAACAGGCUCAAACUGCAUUGUCAAUAUUUGACAGGCUGUGCCCAGCUGUGAAAUACUUCUGUUUGUGAUACAGGUUGGUUAAAAUGCCUAUAAAUCUAAAUUGCUCAAUAAAAAUAUUUCAUGUGUUGUCUGAUUUCUGAUCCAAUGUGUGCUGUUUUGAGCUUAGUGGACAAGUAAUAAACGCAUCAACAGAC